AGCGGCGGGUGAGGGGAAGCCUCGCAGGCGUGCACCGAGCAGUGAGAUCACCGGCGUUAUAAAUAUCCCAGUGCCAGCGCCGAGAUCCGUUCGGGUGGCCUCUCUCUCUCUCCCCCUCUCCCUCUCUCUUCCCCGAGGCUAUGUCCACCCGGUGCGGCGAGGGGGGCAGCGCCAGAGGCACACAGCCGCGCGCGGGCUACAGAGCCCAGAACCAGCCCUGCAAAAUGCGCUUAGGACCCCCGCGGCUGGAAGAAUGAGCUUGUCCUUCCUCCUCCUGCUCUUCCUCAGCCACCUGAUCCUCAGCGCCUGGGCUCAAGGGGAGAAGCGCCUCGCACCCAAAGGGCAAGCCGGACCGGCUGCCACCGGUAGGAACCCCGAAGGAGCCAGCAGCAGCCAGAGCAGUAGUAGCACGAAGUCUUCCUCUUCCUCCUCAGCCUCCUCCUCCCCCGGGGCUUCUCUGGGCAGCCAAGGAAAUGGCUUGGAGCAGAGCAGUUUCCAGUGGAGCCCCUCGGGGCGCCGGACCGGCAGCCUGUACUGCAGAGUGGGCAUCGGUUUCCAUCUGCAGAUCUACCCGGAUGGCAAAGUCAAUGGCUCCCACGAAGCCAAUAUUUUAAGUAUUUUGGAAAUAUUUGCUGUGUCUCAGGGGAUUGUAGGAAUACGAGGAGUUUUCAGCAACAAAUUUUUAGCGAUGUCAAAAAAAGGAAAACUCCAUGCAAGUGCCAAAUUUACAGAUGACUGCAAGUUCAGGGAGCGAUUUCAAGAAAACAGCUAUAAUACCUAUGCCUCAGCAAUACACAGAACUGAAAAAACGGGGCGUGAGUGGUACGUGGCCCUGAACAAGAGAGGGAAAGCUAAACGGGGCUGCAGCCCCCGUGUUAAACCUCAGCACAUCUCUACCCACUUUCUGCCAAGAUUCAAGCAAUCAGAGCAGCCAGAACUUUCUUUCACAGUUACUGUUCCUGAAAAGAAAAAGCCACCUAAUCCCAUCAAGCCAAAGGUUCCCCUUUCCGCACCUCGGAGAAGUCCCAACACAGUGAAAUACAGACUCAAGUUUCGCUUUGGAUAAUAUUCAUCUUGGCCUUGUGAGAAACUAUGCCUUCCCUUCAGGAGUUUCUGUAGGUGUCUUUGUGCUCUGAAGACAACUUUUUGGACACUGCUUCAGUUACACUACACUGUACUGAAGUCAGGACAUUUGUUUCAGUUUGGCUGAAACAAAAAUGUCUCCUGAUAGGAACUAAACUGGAAUUCUUUGUACCAAUAUAGGGAGCUCACUGCUUUAAUUCAGUAUGACAUAAAGCCUUUUGCUUUAUGCUUGGUGCAUACUGGGACUCUGUUUCCAGAAAGUUAAAUGGUGGGGAUUUGUAUUUUUCUGACUUUUACAGAUCAACCUGGAAAAGCAUACGAUACAUUUUUAUUUUUGGUUUCCAAAGACUAUUUUGAUGCAGAUAAAAAUAUUUUAUUAACGUUUGUUUUUUGAUCUUUGGUUUUUUUAAAAGUACCUUGCAUCGAGCAUAUUUUCUUACUUUUGUUAUUUUUAAUUAAUAAGACAUAAAACAGCCAUUUUAAUGAAAUUUAUGAAUUAUAAAUGUGUUUAUAGUCCAUUUGUAACGUGGAUUUCUUUUUCAUUUUUCUUAUUCAUUGCACUUUUAAUUUUUAUAGGAAUUUUUUUUUUUUUUUUUUACCAUACCUCAGAUAAUGUAAGUUUAGUCUUGCAUCUUAAAAUGUUUAAAUUCUCUUCAACAGC